AUGUUUGAGGAAAAGUUAUUAGUUGGCAUUGCUUCGGCAGCUUCGACUUUAGCUGUUAUCACAUGUCUUAUUGUGAUUCCAUCGCUUCUCAAUACUAUUAAUGAAAUGCAUAAUGAAGUAAGUUAUUUUUUGUUUUGAAAAGUUGUAAUUAUUUUAUUUUAUUAUCUUCAGGUUCUCGAUGGAGUUCAAGUAUUUCGAGUUGAAACUGAUGCCGCUUGGGUUGAAAUGAUGGAUAUUCAAGUAACAGUUGCACCACCAUCCAAACCAAAACAAAACCCAUUCAACAGUGUUUUCCGUCAAAAACGUGGACAAUUCUCGAGUCUUCCAGCUUGGUGUCAAUGCGAACCAACAAAACCAAGAUGUCCACCAGGUCCACCAGGACCACCAGGUCGUCCAGGACAACGUGGAUAUCCAGGGCAACCAGGACAACGAGGAAGAGACAACUAUCAAACACUUCAUUCAAACCCAUGCCCUCAACGUGAUACAGGGUGUGUUAAAUGUCCAAGAGGCGCUCCAGGAAAUCCAGGACCAGUUGGGCCAGUCGGAAGACCUGGAUUCCCAGGACGACCAGGACAACCAGGAUUCCGUGGAGCUCCAGGAAAACCAGGACCAAUUGGAUUGCCAGGUGUUGCUGGACUUCCAGGAAGAAAUGGACAACCAGGACAUCCAGGACAACCUGGAAAAGAUGGUAGAAGAGGAAAAGGAGCACCUGGACAACCAGGAAGACCAGGACAACAAGGAAGACCAGGACCAAAUGGACAACCAGGAAGACCGGGAGCAUCUGGAACUGAUGGAACAUGUGGACCUGCAGGAAGACCCGGAUCACCAGGAUUUCCUGGAAGACCAGGUUCACCUGGAACUCCUGGAAACCCAGGACUCGUUGGACCAGAUGCCGCAUAUUGUGCAUGCCCAGCAAGAAGUGUUAUGUUCCUCAAACAUUAA